UCAGCAAUGGCGUCUGCCGGUCUCGGAGAGGAGCUUAAAUGUUCUGUCUGUGUCAGUCUUUAUACAGAUCCUGUAACCCUAAAAUGUGGACACAACUUCUGCCGGGUCUGUAUUGAUCACAUCCUGGAUAUUCAGGAUCAGGAGUCUAGAGUUUAUUCCUGUCCUGAAUGUACAACAAAGUUUCAGGAGCGGCCGGCACUGCAGAAGAAUAUCACUCUGUUUAAUGUGGUGGAGAAUUUCCUGUCUACUCAUCAGGACGAGGCCGUAAUCUUCUGCACUUACUGUGUGGACUCUCCUGUACCUGCUGUGAGGUCCUGUCUGAUGUGUGAGGCUUCUCUGUGUGAUAAACACCUGAAAGUUCACAGCAAGGGACCAGAUCACGUCCUGACCGAUCCCAGCACUUCCCUGGAGAACAGGAAAUGUCCCAUCCAUAAGGAAGUUUUGAAGUAUUACUGUACUAAGGAUGCUAUCUGUAUUUGUGUGUCUUGCCUUAAGGAUGAAGAACAUCGUAGACAUCGGGUGGAGACACUGAUUAAGGCCUCUGAGAAGAAGAAGAAAAAAAUGGGAGAUUUUCUACAAAAACUGACCACAAAGAGAGAGAAGACUGAGGAAAGAGUCCAGAGUCUUGAGGAACACAGGAAGAAAGCUCAAGAAAAUGCAGUGGGAGAAGCCAAGAGAGUCACUGCCCUGUUCACAGACAUUAGGAGACGGGUGGACGACCUGGAGAAGAGGAUCCUGAGUGAGAUCUCCAGGCAGGAGGAGAAGAUGUCACUUUCACUGUCUGAUGUCAUCCAGAAUCUGGAGAUAAAGAAGAACGAGCUGUCCAGGAAGAUGAGGGACAUUGAGGAGCUGUGUAACAUGACGGAUCCACUGACUGUCUUACUGGAUCCAGACACAUGUGACUUGUGUGAUCCUGAGGAGGAGGGAGGUGAUGAGGACACAGGAGGACAUGAUGGAGGUGAUCGGGGUCUUGAGCUGAUCUCACACAUAUUAUCUGAUAUAUUUAGAGGUUUAAAUGCAACCUUCUAUGGGCAGGAUCCUGCAGACAUAUUACUGGAUAUAAACACGGCUGGUAAUAAUCUCCUUAUAUCAGACGACCUGAAAACGGCAACCUGGACAGAAGGAAACCAGAAUAAUCGAGAAACGGCAAAGAGAUUCCAGAAUUAUCAUCAGGCGAUGAGCUGCAGAGGAUUCUCCUCAGGACGACAUUACUGGGAUGUGGAGAUGAGUAGAACAGGGGUGUGCAGGGUGGGGAUGUGUUAUCCCAGUAUAGACAGGGGUGGAGAUCAGUCAGUUAUAGGAGAUAAUAACAAGUCCUGGGGUUUAUAUGGAGGGCAGGGGAGUAAUAAUCAGUGUUCAGUAAAACAUAACAGGAAAGAGACCCAGUUACCUCACCAGAUCUUCAGUGAUAGAUUCAGGAUCUGUCUGGAUUAUGAGGCCGGGCGGCUGUCCUUUUAUGAGCUGUGUGACCCCAUCAGACACUUACACACCUUCACCACCACCUUCACUGAGCCCCUUCAUGCAGCAUUAUGGGUAUGUGGUAGUUCUAUAAAGAUUUUAGGGGGGAAGGAGCAGCUGUGGGGAACCUGAGGAACCAUCAUCAUAGAAAACUUCUGCCCAGAUACUGGCAACAUCCCAGACAGCCAAUAGGAUGCAGCAGUGGGUGGGUCUAUAGCUGAGCUCCUCCUUUUUGGCUUCUGGCAUUUUGUCUAUAUACUAUACAGCAAUGGUUUUCAGUCCUCAGUCUGCACCAACAGUCCAGGAUUUGAAUUUUUCCAUGUUCUAUUCUAAUGGAGUAACUAAAAAAUCCCGGAAUGUUGGUGGCCUUGAGGACUGGCUUGGGGACACCUGCUAUAUAGUGUAAACCUCCUUGUCCUAAUGAUCGCUACCUUAUCUCCCACAUGGGCUACACGGUUUACCACUAUAGAUGAAAAAAAGUAUAUAAAAUGUAUUUUAAAGUGUAAUAUAAGAGUUUUACUGUGUAUAAACUUGGCCCUCAGGUGCAUUCAGAUGUUCAGGUUUUGUGAUGCCGUUGAUAAAGCUAAAGCCGGGUGUGGAGAAAAAGUAUAAGGCUGAGUUCACACAGUGCAUUGUUGUGUUUUUAAAAUGCUUUUUUGGGGGGUUGGUUGAACAACACAAAAAAAGUGUCAAAAAUUCAUCAAAAACGCACAGUGGGAACAAAAACUUGAAGAAACUAAUUCUAAUAAUCCACACUGGGUUUUAUCUUCAAAACAAGAAUGUGUAAGAGCACUCCCAUAAUGCACUGCUGUUAUUGGUUAUACAAAGACCUAUAUUAACCUCUUAAUGACCAAAUACAGCAUUUUAACCCUCUGCAUGCCUCAUGCAGAGAGGCAACUGACAGGUGCUGAACUUGUCAGUGGUCUGAUCGGCCCUCCCCCAACACAAUCGUGAGGUGCUGAUAGGUUACCAUGGCAGCCGUUGGUCUUCCUACCAUAAUUAGAUUUUCUUGUACAGUCUGUCUCAGGCAUAAAGUUUAAAAAAAAAAUAAUAAUAAUUUGUAAAAAAUAUA